GGGCCUUCUCGGGUCGUGACAUCAUGGAGGCUGGCGGCGACGCGCUGGUGGUGAUAAGCAUUGUGGGUAGAGCGGUGUGCGCAGGCGUGUUGCUGACGGCGGCCCUGUACCUGCUGCGCGCUCUGUGUCAGAGGAUGGCCUGGAAGUGCGGCGGAGACAGCCAAGCGGAGCUCGUCAACAACCUGCGGAAGAAUGGAAUAGUCAAGACUGAGAAAGUUUAUCAUGUAAUGUUGGCCACAGACCGUUGCCACUAUGUAAAGAGUAAUCCUUAUACAGAUUCCCCUCAGUCUAUAGGUUUCCAAGCAACAAUCAGUGCUCCACACAUGCAUGCAUAUGCCCUGGAACUGCUUCAUGAUCAGUUAUAUGAGGGGGCUAAAGCACUUGAUGUAGGAUCUGGCAGUGGAAUCCUCACUUCCUGCUUUGCUCGGAUGGUCGGUCCAAGUGGAAGAGUGGUGGGAAUUGAGCAUAUUAAGGAACUGGUAAAUGACUCCAUAAAUAAUGUUAAGAAAGAUGAUCCAUCCUUGCUUUCAUCAGGAAGAAUAAAGUUUUUAGUGGGCGAUGGGAGACAGGGAUAUCCAGAGGAAGCUCCUUAUGAUGCCAUCCACGUGGGGGCAGCAGCAAGCACGGUCCCACAGGCAUUGCUCGAUCAGUUGAAGCCAGGUGGGAGGAUGAUUUUGCCCGUCGGCCCUCCGGGCGGAAACCAGAUGUUGGAGCAACAUGACAAGCUAGCGAAUGGCAGCAUCAGUAUGAAACCCCUGAUGGGAGUGAUCUAUGUGCCUUUAACAGAUCAAGAUAAGCAAGUGCCAAGGUGGAAGUGACUCUGCACAGUCCUCCUCAGAAACAAGGUGAAGUGGUGUGGAUUGGAGCACGCUGCAAUGAUUUGCCUGGCUGCUACUUUUAAUAUUUUUGUAACUCCAUUCCAUCUAUGGACUAAUUCAGAUGUUUAUUGUUUACAAAAAUAGUGAAUGAGGGUUUGGGUUAAUAAAAUGAAUGUUGCAUGCUUUGGAAAUGCUGUUUUUAAAUAGUUCCAAGGAAACACUCAGCGGAUGGGAAGGGACAAGGCAGGGGUAGGUUUAACAUUAACCUACUAUUUUGGAAGUUAGUUUUCAAUUGUAUAUUUUGACUGUAGCAGUUCAAUAAUUGCUGCAUAAUUAAAUUAAAAUGUUUAACUGAA